GAUUUGGCCUCCAGCAAAGGGACAUUUGGGGUGAGCACGGCCCACUGGAGUGGGAGGGGAUGGGAGGAGGAAGAGGAGCUUAGAGCAGCUGGAGGUAGGGUAUAUAUGCGUGAAAACUGCCAUCCCAGAACACAGCAGAGCUGGACCAGGCCUUGAGAUGAGUAGUGCAUGCACGGUGGUACUUCCUCACCAGGGAGCCCAAGGGAGUGAUCUGUCCUCAGCCUUGCCAGCACUUGAGGCUUUAGGGCAGGUCUGGCUGAAAAGAACAGUUAGGGACUUGGAGGCACAUGGAGGUUGGGUUGAUGCAGCCCGGGACUUUUGGGGUGAGGUGACUGCUGUCAAAAUGGGGUGGACUGGCAAGCAUCUGACAUGGUGCCAGGUGAGGGCAGAGGUGGAGCCCAGGGCAACAGGGGAGAGGUAGGAAGUAGCUAGGGAGAGGGGUUGUUUCAAAUGGGAAAGCUGGGCAAGGGGAUCAGUGGGGUUCUGUCAUGGGGCUGCUAUGACAUGAGAUGCCCUUUUGCGAGGCUGGCGCACACUGUCCCAAAAUCUGCAGAUGGUUUGUGCUGAGAGGCACUGCUCUACAGAGUGCCUGCAGGGUGCCACUCCAUGUGACUGCACUGGCUGGUCUACAGGUAUGGCCCCCUGCUGACUGCCCCUAGGUGUUCCACAAGUCAGGCCAGGGCUGGGCUGGGCACCUUUUGUUGAACCCCACCCUUAGCACUGUGUGAACUUGCUGCAGCUGCAGCAAGCCCCCAGGGGCCAGCACUGAGCCCUGGCUGAAACAAUGCUACAUUUAUCCAGGAACAAUAGGAGCUGCUGGGACAAACAGACAGACUGGCUUGGAGAUGGAGGUUGAUAAAUGUGUAUGCCAUCAUGCGGAGUGCCAACAGCUGAACCACCACAGUCCCCUGAGCCUGUGCGAAGCCUGUGACAGCAGGUUUCACAGCACCAUGCACUUUGAUGGACACAUACGCUUCGACCUGCCCCCGCAAGGUUCCAUUCUGGCCCGGAACGUGUCCACACGCUCAUGCCCUCCACGCACCAGCCCUGCCUCUGAUGUGGAGGAAGAUGAUGAGGGGCUGAUGGAUGGGAAGGGAGACAAGAAGAGCUCGGCACUGAAGCUCCCCAGGAAGAAAGCCCGGCGGAGACACACGGAUGACCCCAGCAAAGAGUGCUUCACCCUCAAGUUCGACUUGAACGUGGACAUUGAGACAGAGAUUGUCCCAGCCAUGAAGAAGAAAUCCCUGGGGGAGGUGCUGCUGCCAGUGUUCGAGAGGAAAGGCAUCGAGCAGAGCAAGGUGGACAUAUAUCUGGACCAGUCCAACACACCUCUGUCACUUCACUUUGAAGCCUACCGCUUUGGGGGACACUACCUGCGAGUGAAAGCCAAACCUGGAGAUGAACUCAAGGUGGAGCAGGCUGUGAAAGACUUCAGAUCCCUGAGCCUGCCCAUCCUGCGGUCCUCAGGUGCUGGCUCCACUGUCCUCUUCACUUCUGUGCCUGACCAGUUGGAGCAGCCACCCUUCCACCGGGAGAGCAUGGACAUCCUGGCACCAGGUCGACGGAGGAAGAACAUGACUGAGUUCUUGGGGGACACAAGCAUCCCAGGGGCUGAGCCUGCACUGCAUGGCAGCAGCUCCCUGCCUAGCAGCGGCAACGACACCUGGAAGAACCGUGCUGCCAGCCGCUUCAGUGGUUUCUUUGGCUCCGGUGCCAGCACUGGCCCAUCAGGACGGGAGAUCGACAAGAUGGAGCAGCUGGAGAGCAGGCUCCACAGCUACAGCAUCUUAGGUCUCCCCAAGCCCCCACAGCAGCUCUACUUUGACAAGGACUCCUGGGAGGAGAAGGGUGAUGAUGCCAAUCUGUGCAUGGAGGACAGCUGGCAGGAGAUCAUUGAGGGCACAGAGGCCCUGACACGCCGGCAGUGUCACCAGCAGGAGGCCAUCUGGGAGCUGCUGCACACAGAGGCUACCUACAUCCGGAAACUGAAAGUGAUCACAGAUCUUUUCCUCUGCUGUCUGCUGAGCCUGCAGGACUUGGGGCUGCUGUGUGAGGUAGAAGCUGAGCGCCUGUUCAGCAACAUCCAGGAGAUCAUCCAGCUGCACUGUUCGCUGUGGGACAGUGUGAUGUGCCCUGUGCUGGAGAAGGCCCGUAGGACCAGGACACUGCUGGACCCUGUGGACUUCCUGAAAGGGUUCAAAGCGUUUGGCACUCUCUUCCAGCCCUACAUCCAAUACUGCAUGGAGGAGGAGGGCUGCAUGGAGUACAUGCGAAUGCUGCUGAGAGACAGCGACCUCUUCCGCGUCUACGUAACAUGGGCAGAGAAGCACAAGCAGUGCAACCGCCUGAAGCUCAGUGACAUGCUGGUGAAGCCGCACCAGCGCCUCACCAAGUACCCGCUCCUGCUUAAGUCAGUGCUGAAGAAGACAGAUGAUGCCUGCACCAGGGAUGCUAUCAUCACUAUGAUCACCUCAGUGGAGCAGUUCAUCAACCACGUGAACUCACAGAUGCGGCAGCGGCAGGAGCAGCAGCAUCUGGCCACCAUCAUCAGCCGCAUUGAUGCCUACGAGGUGGUGGAGAGCAGCACCGAUGAGGUGGACAAGCUCCUGAAGGAGUUCCUGCGCCUAGAUCUGACAGCCCCCAUCCCAGGUGCCUCCCCUGAGGAUACACGGCAGCUCCUCCUGGAGGGCAGCCUGAAGAUGAAGGAAGGUAAAGACAGCAAGAUGGAUGUGUACUGCUUCCUCUUCACGGACCUCUUCCUCAUCACUAAGCCAGUGAAGAAGGUUGAGCGCACCAAGGUUGUCCGGCAGCCUCUGCUGGUGGACAAGAUUGUCUGCCGGGAGCUCAAGGACCCUGGCUCCUUCCUCCUGAUCUAUCUCAAUGAGUUUCGGAGUGCUGUGGGUGCCUACACCUUCCAGGCCAGCGGGCAGUCCCUAUGCCGUGGAUGGACUGAUGCACUUUACAAUGCCCAGAACUUGCUGCAGCAGCUGCGUGUCCAGGAGCACCAGCGCAGCCAGCGACAGCAGCUGCAGAGCCUGCAGGAGGAGGAGGACGGGGAGAGUGGGGCCUCAGCUGCCAGCUCGCCUACCAUCCUGCGCAAGAGCAGCAACAGUCUUGACUCCCAGCAGUGCCCCUCUGAUAGCUCCACAGAGACCAUCUCGGUGGUGGUGGUGGAUGCCAGUGGGGAGCUCUCCUCCCCAGACUUCGAGGUGGGGCCAUUCAGCUCACCAUCAGAUGAGACCUCCAUAAGUACCACCGCUUCAUCUACCACGCCCACCCGGGAGCUCCUCAAUGGGAGUGGGGAGCCUGCCAAUGCCCUCCCCAUCCCUGGCACCCACAGCAGCCUGGCACUGGAGACCGGCAGCACCUGGUCAGCAUCCAUGGAUAGUGCCUAUGGCACCAUGUCGCCUGCCUCCCUGCAGGAGUUGGGGGAGGUGCAGCCACCAGGGCCAGCAGGGGAAGACUCACAGCGCAUCUCCCCCAAGCUGCGCCGCCGGACACCCGUGCAGCUCCUGCCCUGCCGUGCCCGUGUGCUCAAGUCCAAGUCAGAGGCCAGCCUCUUGCAGCUCUUUGCAGCCUCCCCAUUUGGCCCAGAGGCCUCCCUCACCCAGAGCAAGAGCCUCUCCGACCUGUGCGCAGCUCCAUCUUCAUCUCCAGGGCGAGUGGUGUUCCUGGCUGGCUCGGUUGUGGGGGUCCCAGCCAGCUGCCCGAGGACUAGUGGGUUGGGUGGCAAAUGCAUUGGAGCCCCACUGGACAGCAGCAACCUGCAGGGCAGCCGGGCAAGUGGCCUGAGUGCCUGCAGCAGCAGCAGCGGCGGCAGCUCUGCCUCAGAGCUCUCGGAGCCUGAGGAGCCUGUGUUCCACCAGGGUCUUGCCUGCUCUGCAGGGAGCCCUGCAGGAACACCCCCAGCUGAGCCUCUGGCCACUGAUGUCCCCUGCCGGGCACUCAGCACCUCCCUGACAGAGUGUUGCCCAGAAGAGCUGCCCACUGCCCGCCGGACACUCUCAGACCCACAGGCAGCCCAGCACCGCAAGCUGACGUUGGCGCAACUCCACAGGCUCCGGACCACACUGCUUCUGAACUCCACGCUGACUGCCUCGGAGGUCUGAGCCAAUGGGAGGAGCGUGAUGCCAGCACCACCUGUUCCACCUCUCCAUGACGAUGUAGCAUCAUGCCCAGGGUGGCAGGAGCUCUAGCUGGCCUCUGCCCUGUCUACAUGUGUGCAUGCAUGUGCC